CCCGCAACCGCUACGUACCUACAUCUAUACCUCCUAUGCCCACCUCUACCUACCUACCUAGAUGACAGCUCUAUUCAGCAACUCCUCCUCCCUCCAAAUGGACAAGAUCUUUCACCUCACCUAUUAGACUCAUGCUAUAUACCUAUAGACCUUCAGCUAUUGAGACGAGAGCGCUCGGCCGGCUACCAGCCCGCUAACUCCAUACGAAUGCGACAUGGCGCCCCCUCAGACUCAGGGCCGUCGGAGGACUGCCAACCAUGGCGAAGCCGACGAAGCCGACGGACGUCGCCAGUCGCGGCGCAACGACCAAUCUGACGCCUCCGACGCCUCCGAGGAGGACCAGACCGGCGAUGUCGACAUGGAGAGGGGGGCUCGUGAUGCGGAAGACCAGGUGGUUAAGAAGCUCGUGCGGUACGCAUUAGCCUGUGAGUACGCGAGGAUGCCCAUUAGGAGGGAUGGUAUUAGAGAUAAAGUCCUGGGCAACAAUCCAAGAUCCUUUAAGCGAGUUUUCGAAGGGGCCCAGGCUCAGCUCCAGAGGGUCUUCGGCAUGGAGAUGGUCGAAUUGCCGGUCAAGGAAAAGCGCACGCUCAAAGAGAAGCAGAAGGCAAACGCCAGGAAAGCUGCUUCUCAGAGCGUCGCAUCCUCCCGACAGUACAUCCUGGUCUCGACCCUACCCCGAGAAUACAAAUCGCAGGCUAUCAUCAGCCCGUCGCGCAUACCGAGCACGGCCGAAGAGGCGGCAUACGUCGGCUUCUACACCAUGGUCAUCUCGCUCGUCGUGUUGAACGGGGGGGAGCUGAGCGACACGAAGCUGAGGCGCUACCUGACCCGCCUGAACGCCGGCCAGAACCUGCCGAUAGAUAAGACAGACAACGUCCUACAGAAGCUGGUCCGGCAGGGCUACGUCGACAAGGUCGUCGAGAGGAGCGACGGGGACGAGGACACCGUGACUUGGUGUGUCGGGCCUCGCGGGCGAGUGGAAGUGCCGCACGAGAGCAUCGCCGCCGUCGUCACUGAGGUUUGGGGCGAGCUGCCGGACGACUUCGACAAGAGACUUCAGAGGAGCCUGGGCGUCCACGAGACCAGCCGGAAUCACGUCGGCAAUAGCACCCCCGAGGAAUGAGGUUGUUCACUGUGCAUUCGAGGUUGUUAAACCCUACAAGUAGCUUCCGGGAUGACGGCAGGCGAUAAUAAAAUCAUAUCCCACAGAGCGAAGAAAACCCCACCACCCCCCCCCCCCCC